AAUCGCAGAAAGCACAUUUUGAGUUUUUAAUAAAGCAGAAACUGAAUAAAAAAUAUUAAAUCGAAAAAAUACUUCCAAAUACUAAAAGCCACAGCAUAUCUUAAAAAAUUUGGAAAAUGCUCGCCAAGCAUUUGCUGAAAGUCAGUAAGGCGCUGCGUGGCGCGACGCUACGCAACGCCAGCAAGGCGCCAAGUACACCCUUCGCCGGCGGAGGCUUACGCAGCACCAUGAAUGACUUGCCGCAGCCGGAGGGCGAUUGGCAGGAGCAUUACAACCGUAGAAAUCUGAAGAAUACGGCUGUGCUUUCCGUUGGCAUUAUCACGUUGAUUUCAUCAAUAUAUAUGCAUUUCACGGAUGAGGCCAUCAACUGGAACUACACGGUGCCUGUGUAUGAUAGAUGUCUCUGAAGUGGUUUGAAGUGUGUAAAUGUCUUAAUUAUUAAAUGAUAAAUCAGAGAUUUUUAA